AUGAAAAAGAAUUAUAUAAUUAGACAUUUUAAUAAAAUAGCACAUGUAAAAUAUUAUAAUAGUACUAGUAAAAAUGUGUUAAAUAAUGGAAAGAAUGAAUAUACAGGAAAUUUAAUUAAAGAUAAUAUAGAUAGCAAAUUUAUAAAUUUGGUAAAUAAAAAUAAAUAUAACACUUAUAAAAAUCGAGUUUAUAAUACUAGCAUGUAUAAUAAUUCACACCCAAGUUAUAUGAACAAUAAUGAAAAUACUAAUAAUAAUUUAUUAAGUCAUUAUAAUUAUAAAUAUGAUUCAUCUAAUUAUUAUCAGCAAAAAUAUAAUUCAAAUGUAAGUAAUGAAAGUUCAGAUAACACUUCUUAUCAAUAUUUUAAUAUAUUUGGUAGUACUGCUAUGUGCUUAAUAAAGCCAAUAUUUCCUGAUUAUAUUAUUAACAAAAACAAGUUAACAAUAUAUGGUAAAGGUGGAUUUCAAUUCAUGUUUAUGAGAAAACAAAAUAAUUCUAAUAAAUAUGAUAAAAAUAAUAAAAUGAAUAUAUUUCUUAAAAUUAACAGCUUAUCAAGUGUUUUAUCUUUAGAUAGUAUAGAAAAAUUAACAAAUGCGAUAGUUAUUAAAGGAAAUAACAAUAAUUAUUUGACUAUUGAUAAACAUAAAGAAAAAAAAGAUCAUAUUGUUAUAAAAUAUAAAUAUCAGCCAUCAAAUGCUAUUGAUAAUAAUUUUAAUGAAAUAAAUAAUAAUUUGAAUAUUGAUGUUAAUAAAAAUAUCAAUAUAAAUGAAUUAAACGAGGAGAAAAAAAAUAAUUUUGAAGAAUUACAUGUUAGUUCUCCUUUUACAGAGUUCUUAAUAUUUCAAAAAGCUGCUAAUUUGUUACUACCUCAACUAAUCGGAUGGUCUAAACCUAAUUAA